AUGAGAGAGGGAAUGAAGGAGAUGAAGGAGGCGAUGAUGAAGGAGAUGAAGGCAGAAAUGAAGGAGAUGAAGGAUGGGAUGGUAAACCAGAUUGUGGGGAGGUUGAGCGCGGUUUUGCGAGAAGAAUCCGAGCGGCAGAAGAAGGCGAGGCAAGAGGACGCGGAGCGGCGACAACAGCAGGACGCGAAGAGGAAACAAGUGGCGGACGACGAGGAGAGACAGAAGAAGAAACAACUGGACGAGCAAUGGCGGAAGGAGGAGGAGGAGAAGAGGAAGGAUGUAGAGGCCACAGAGCGGCGGAGGAAGAACAAACAUGAGGAGGAAGAGCGACGGCAGAAGGAGGUGGAGGCGGGAAUUAAGGAAGUGAUGGAGGCUGUGAAAUUGGACGCAGAGCGGCGGCAAAAGGAGGAGCAGGGUAGGAAGGCAACGGAGGGAGAUCGGCGACAGAAGGAGGAUGCGCAGAGGAAGGAGGCAGAGGAAGCAGAGCGGGUGGAGAGGGAGAAACAACAGGAGAUGGCGCGCCUGCAGAAGGAGGAGGCGCAGCGGAAAGAUGCAGAGGAGGCUGAGAGGCAGGAGAGGGAGAAACAACAGGAGAUGGCGCGCCUGCAGAAGGAGGAGAGGCAGAGGAAGGAGGCAGAGGAGGUAGAGCGGCGUCAGAGGGCGAAAAAGCAGGAAUUGGACCGCCUGCAGAAGGAGGAGACGCAGAAGAAGGAGGCAGAGGAGGCCGAGCGGCAGCAGCGGGCGAAACAACAGGAGAUGGAGCGCCUGCAGAUGGAGGAGGCGCAGAAGAAGGAGGCAGAGGAGGCCGAGCGGCAGCAGCGGGCGAAACAGCAGGAGAUGGAGCGCCUGCAGAAGGAGGAGGCGCAGAAGAAGGAGGCAGAGGAGGCCGAGCAGCAGCAACGGGCGAAACAGCAGGAGAUGGAGCGCCUGCAGAAGGAGGAAGCACAGAAGGAGGCAGAGGAGGCGGAGCGGCAGCAGAGGGCAGAACAGCAGGAGAUGGAGCGCCUGUAG